AGAAUUCUACCUAUAUACCUUUUGGAGGCUGUCUUCUCGAAUGUCGGACAGUGCUUCGGCCGAUUGCCAUAUGGCCAUAGGGGAUAUUCGUCUUCAAUCGAACGUGCAUCGUUCAACCGGCUACAUCGAUCACUCGGUGGAUGUUGCGUCAAGCAUAGCCAAUCUGCGCGGAAAUGACGCGUUCAGUGAUGUUACUCUUGUUGUCCAAGGCGUCAGUUUUGCGGCACACAGAGUGAUACUGGCUGCUAGGUCGGAGUAUUUUCGAGCCCUGUUGUAUGGUGGUCUAGCGGAAUCCUCUCGUUCUGUUAUUCAUUUGAACGACAUCAGCGCCACAGCAUUUCGCUUUAUCCUGCAGUAUAUCUAUACAGGCCGUCUGAAUGUUCGCAAAUUACGGACGAUGUUGGAAGUAUUGGGUUUGGCUCAUCAGUAUAAUUUCCACAGUCUGGAAAUGGCCUUAUCUUCCCAUUUAACUCAUUCACUUCGUCUAUCCAACGUCUGGCUCAUAUACAACUUGGCAGUUUUAUACAACUUGGAGGAUCUGAUCAACGCAUGUCUCAAGUUCUUAGACGGAAUAGCCCCCGCUCCGCUGCAUAGCCCCCACUUUCUCAGGCUCUCUCAGACAGCUGUUGAGCGCCUCCUCUCAAGAGAUAGUUUCUGUGCUUCUGAAAUCGAAAUUUUCCGCAGUCUUUGUGCCUGGUUUCGGGCAACCCGAGUGUCUAAGAAUAAUUCACAAUUAUCCAGUCUACCUGGUCCGACCAUUCUUUUUGCUGAAUGUUCGUCUAUCGAAGUGUCUGGUACCGCAGUGCAAGAAUACUCACCACAAUUGAAUUCAAGGCAGAAGGUGUUGGAGGAACGCACGUCCAGCCUUGAUCGCGAUCUAGACAUCAGUGUUGCUGAACGUCGCUAUACUAACAAAACUCGCUAUUGUGGUUCCCAAAGAGAUGAAUACGAAGAGGAAGGUGUGUUUGAGGAUUUCACUGAUGAGGACUUGGAGGAGAAGGCCAGACGGUAUCAUAUGAUAUGCAAAUGCGUUCGCUUCGAACUGAUGUCCCUCAAAGAAUUACUUACCGAGGUUCGGGCUUCCAAGUUGGUCAGUUCAGAUGAUCUGCUGGAUGCGAUUAGCCGACAAGCCAAGUCCCCAACUGAACUUCCUCACCGCGGCUGGCUGUUACCAGGCAUCAAUUUGGCUUCCCACCGCUUUGCUGCUUCCCUUAUCGCUGGCGAAGAAGGCAGUUAUCCUUACUUCUUCGUGGAUGACGCUGAUGAUGUCAACGACUUGGUCGAGUUACAAUACUCCUUUGGGGCCCUAGAGGCGGGCUAUGAUAUGUCAAACUUGGAAUUAGAGGAGUUGGAUGAGGAGGCCGAGGUAGACGAGGAUGAAGAAGAGGGUCACUGCGACGAUGAAACACGAGGUCACGGUCGUAUAUCCCCCGAAUCACAUCCAACUGCAAUCAUCGGUUCCUCGCAGGGAGAAUUUUCUCGCUCCAACGUACCUAUUACCGCCUCUGGUGCAACCGAAGUGGCGCAAGGUGCCGAAUGUGAUACUGGUCGCGCGUUUCCCUCUGGAUCCCGGAAAGUGAAUGUCGUACGUUUUCCGGCUAAUAGUCUGUCGUCACCCCAUCUGACUGCAAAUGCGGCUGGUGCGCAAUUUUCCACUGCUAACCUACCGACUUCUUGGACAAGAACUACCAAUUCCUAUCAACGUCGAAGUACUGAGAAUUCACAAUAUAUGCGAAUCAGUCACCAACUAGAUGGUACGCGUGCGACCACGGUCGCUUUUGAUAACGGCUCUCAGCCGCCGGCUCCUCUGCACGCAUUGUCGGGUCGUGCAAUGCGUUGGUUACAACCGUCUAAUCCACGACAUCGUCUCACGUCGCAUCCACCGCCUCCACCGCACUCGGAACAUGAUGUUGUUCGACAUUCGUUGGAUGAUCCGGAUGCUCACAUUGUGAUUCGAUUGGGUAAACCAAGCAUUGUAAACACCAUCCGGAUGCAGCUGUGGGACCGUGAACUACGAUGCUACUCUUAUUACGUUGAGAUCUCACUGGAUCAGGUCACAUGGCAGCGUGUGGUGGACUAUCGCAAUUGCCCCUGUCGCUCCUGGCAAACACUGCAUUUCGCCACUCGUGUCAUUCGCUACAUCCGCAUCACCGGUACCCGAAACACCUCGAAUCGAACGUUCCACCUUACCACUUUCCGUUGCUUGUAUGCGGAACAGGUGUGCAGACAGGUGGACGGGUUUUUGAUCCCAACAUAUAACGUCGCGACUGUGGAGCACGGCGCCACAGUGCUUGAGGGAGUCAGCCGUAAUCGGAACGCGCUGAUUGAUGGCAAUGCUCGAAUGUACGAUUGGAACAGCGGAUACACUUGCCACCAGUUGGGGAACGGUGCCAUUGUUGUCCAACUGGCUCAGCCGUUUCUCCUCCGUUCCAUGAGGUUCCUGUUGUGGGAUCUGGAUGAUCGAACCUACAGCUACUCUGUGCAUGUGUCAACUAACCGGGAAGAUUGGAGACUAGUUCACGACGCCACCAGGGAUCGUUGUCAAUCGUGGCAACUCAUCACUUUCCCGCUACAGCUUGUUACCUUCAUUCGUGUCGUUGGAUCGUACAACAGCGCAAAUGAGGUUUUCCAUAUGGUGCAUCUUGAGUGUCCGUAUCCACCUGCUGAACUAAUGGAGGACCAACAAAAUGCCGCACAAUCGGAUCCUGGAGCGGUGAACACCGCACGGCACAACGAACUGUUACACGCAAGGUCGGAUGCAGCUAGCCUACAGGGUGGCAGUGAGUCCGGGUCUACAUCCGAACUCCCUUCCUAUCAAGCAACACAGGCCACCGAGCUGCGUGACAGUGUGAGUAUGCUGGAUCCGAUCAAUGAUUCUGUGUAUCCGAAUGACCCAGAGACAAGACCACAAUCUCCGCCCACUCCAUCGGAUCCGCCGGUGGACGAUGAAGACAGUGAUCGCUUGAUUCUGUCGGUAAACUCUCCUACCCGAUCUUUAGGCCGCAUACCAACUGGUUCCCGAUUUCGUGGUCGCACCACUUACACCGGCUCAGAGACAGGUUAUGUGUUCACAGAGGAGCAAGAUACCGAGGAUAACCGCAGUCGAGACUCCUUCAUUCGCCAUGCGGAUUCCGAAGUCUUAUUGCGUCGCCUCUCGGUUGGUUCCAGUUCGAAUCCCAACAUGGGCACCACCUCAGUGCCCUCACCUCUGCCUACCAAUUUGGCUGUGAGCCAAUGGAACAUGCAUGCGUAACACUGCACACACAUUGCGCCAUGACGUGAUCGACUCUACUUUAUUUCGGUAUUUCUAUUUUACAUUUAUAGUAGAGUGCUUCCUUAUUCCCUC